CGCGCGGACGCCUCUUGCGGUACCUCAAACGCGACAAAACGAGACGCACAUACGCGCAGGCUUACGGCAGAGCGAGACGCAACAACGCCGAGUCCGUUUUCAACAGGUCGUUACUCUAACUUCAACUAAAUGUGAAUCGUCAAAGAUGUGCUGGCUCAGCAUCAUCGUGGUGAUAUUCGACUGCCAGUGAGCUGCGAUCACCGAGAUGCUAAGCUGCAUGACGCAGUUCCAACUUCUACUGCUGGCCCUGACGGGGAUAGUGUUUGUGGCGGGUAUGAACGAUGUAUGGGUGGAGCUGCGUGCGCCGAGGUUCGUUGUGCAUCGGAACAACGUGGUGCUGCGCUGCGAUCACAAUGUCGAUCCGGCUUCGAUUUAUAAGGUGGUUUUCUACAAGAAUGGACAAAGACUCAUGAAGUACGUCCGAGAAAGAGACCCGCCUUACGAGCUUUAUAACGUGACAGGUGCUGAUAUAAAUUUAAUCCAGCUGUACCCGACGUCGAUAACGUUGGAGAGGCUGGACUUCUCGGCGUCUGGGCCGUACGCCUGCGAGAUAGCGCUCGACACGCCGCUCUACUCCAAAGUAUCUAAGAUUCACGAGCUUACUGUAAUCGUCCGUCAAAAACACCGUCCGAAGAUAAAAAUUAAACACAAAAAGCUGCUGUCCAGUGACCACCUCGAAGCGACGUGCCACAGCGCGCCCGCGCACCCCGCGCCGCACCUCACCUGGUUCAUAAAUAAUGUGAAGGUAGACGAGCGACUAACCGUGCCGCACGGAACGGUCAACGUCCACCGGCACCACCACGGCAUGCCUCUCUCCAUCACCAACUCCUCGCUCCACUUCCCGCUGGUCACCCUGCAGUUGUACCCCAACCAGACCGUCGACAUCACCUGUCUCAGCACCAUACCCAGCUACGCCAGUAAAGAUGAAGGUUUCGCUGACGUACAGAACCAGACCGUUACAGUAAACGUGGUACGGAUCGAGCCGCCGCCCACACAACUGCCGGUGAAAAUCGUUAGCCCAGAAAUGAAUUCGUCGUAUCGAUUUAAAUGUCCCUAUUCUAAGCAUAUACUCGCGCUAGUUGUACUGUUUGUGUGCCAUUUUAGCUUCUAAAUGAAUGAUAGUUAUAAAACGGGAGCCGAUGCGAUUUUUUCAUACGAUUUUACGAAACGUCUACGUUUCUAAAAGUAUACUUACGCCGGAGUGAAAGCGUGAAAUUGUCUUUGUCAAAAUGUAUAUACAGUGUCACAUGUUACUUGUCACCGUUUCUUAAACGAAUGCUAUUUACAUAAAUAGUAUUAUUCAUAGUGUUUCAAAGGGUAUUGAACUAUAGCGCGA